AUGGAGUGGGUCAGGGAACACUUACACCUGAGAUGUACUACAGGCCACCACAUACUGCAUGUAUAAGUCCAAGGCAAAUGAAGAAAUACGCUGAGCAAACAAGAGUGUCUGCUGUACCUGAAGCAGUCUCAGCAGCAGCAGAAGGUACCUGUGGUGGAUUUCCAGGUAGAACUGAGACAGGCAUUCUUAGCCGAGACACCAAGAGGUUGUUAA